GUUCGAUGGGCGACUCCGAUGCUUGUGUUGCUCAUUUAUCAUCGAACAGAUUAAUUGAUAUUGGUCUUUUCACCGUGUAAUACCAAGCAAAAUGUACAAUAGAGUCCACCAGCCAUCAAUCGCGCGUGUCGCUGAGUAGGUGAUCAGUGAGGAAGUGAGUGAAAAGCAGUGCUGAAGGCGACAAACAGAGGCAUUCACUGCGCUUGGAGGGAAUCUCCGCGUGCUCAAGUGAAGCGGAAGGCAUUCGCAGACGCCGGCCAUGAUUCAAGGCUACGGGCCAGUGACUCAGGCUCUCCUGGGCACGCUGCUCACAUGGGGACUUACGGCAGCCGGCGCGGGGAUGGUGAUCUUCCUGCGAGGCAGUCAGAGAAAGUCUCUAGAUGUGAGCCUGGGCUUCGCUGCCGGCGUCAUGAUCGCCGCUUCCUUCUGGUCCCUCCUGGCGCCGGCCAUUGAGCUGGCCGAGGCGUCCGGCACGUACGGUGACAACGGACAGUUCGCCUUCAUUCCCGUGGCCGCGGGUUUCUUCCUCGGCUCUAUCUUCGUCUACGGCACCGAUAAAAUCAUAUCAUACUUGGGCAUCAAUAGCACGUCAAUGAUGAUAGCAUUAACACACUCGAGCAAAGACAAAGCUGAAAUUGCUCUCGACGACACACAGAACAAUCAAGAUUUCGCCAGAGGACAAUAUGUGAAGAACAUUAAUGAGCACUCGACGGCCAUUGGGAUGGACAGCUUCUCGGACUGCAUCAGCGUGCAGCACAGCUCGUCGUCGCGUCGGCGGCGGAAAGCGAGCGUGGAGAAGGAGCCUCACGCGACGUACUCGGCGACCGGAAGCGAACGCGAUCCGCAGAGUGCCAUUUCCCAGUGGAAGCGCAUCAUGCUGCUCGUGGUGGCCAUCACGGUGCACAACAUCCCCGAGGGCCUGGCCGUGGGCGUGAGCUUCGGGGCGAUCGGGACCACAGAAGCCGCCACAUUCGAGGCGGCACGCAAUCUCGCCAUUGGCAUUGGCAUCCAGAACUUCCCCGAGGGCCUGGCGGUGAGUCUGCCGCUGCACGCCACGGGAUUUAGCAUGUGGAAGAGUUUCUGGUAUGGACAGCUGUCGGGCAUGGUGGAGCCGAUCUUCGGGAUCUUGGGUGCGGUGGCUGUGACCAUCGCGUCGGCUGUGCUGCCCUAUGCGCUGUCCUUCGCCGCUGGCGCGAUGAUCUACAUCGUGGCGGACGAUAUUCUACCCGAGGCGCACGCGAGCGGAAACGGUCUUCUGGCGACGUGGGGCACCAUCUUUGGCUUCCUGGUCAUGAUGUGCCUCGAUGUGGGCUUGGGAUGAAGUGCGGCAUUCCUGGACAAAUGGAUCGAUUUAGUGGUGCAGAAAGAUGGAAUAUUUCACAUUUUGUGAUUGUUUAGAGAUAUUUUCUUCUUUAGAAUACUUCCUGUUUUUCAUGUCCUUUAACUUUCUCAAUGGAAGUGAAACUUUCACCGAGAUUUCUUUUUAUGUAGUCCACCGUUUUUUUUUUAAUAUUAAUUACAUUAAUUUCUUCACACAGCAUAGGAGAAAAUAUAUGUUAAUGUGUAAAGUAGCAUCAUGUACUCUAAAUGAUUUCUUGUACAUAGGAUGGAAGAAUAAAAAAGUAUUUUUCAAUGCUAAUGCA